AUGUUGACCUGCGCCCGAAUGAUGGAGUCUGAAGCUGACGGCCGUCUUCUCACGGUAUCUCCACCACCUUCACUGACUCCCUCUGGCAAGCGCAAAGCGUUGCUCAUCGGUAUUAGAGGGCCCCUCGCGGUCUCCCAGGAUGUCGGCAGUUCGGAACCUCCGUUCAGGCUGAAAGGCCCUCACGAAGAAGCAAGGGCAAUGGGCAAUCUCUUGCAUCUGCGUUACAGUUAUGCUCUGGAUGACAUCACUUACCUCUUGGACGAGGAGGGGUACGAACAACCAACAAAGGAGAAUAUUCUCGAGCAUAUUUGUCUCCUGGUACAGGAUGCCCAGCCCGGCGAUCGGUUUUUCUUCUACUACUCCGGCCACUCUGAUCAGCAAGAGACGAACGACCCCAGCGAGGAGGAUGGGAUGGGCGAGUUUAUCAUCACCUGCGAUCCACAAGAAGAACAUAUUCUCGACAACGUUUUACACACUGCCCUCGUGGAGCCUCUCCCUCCUGGCGCCCGCCUAACGGCUAUAUUUGAUUCAUGCCAUUCUGGCACCCUUCUUGAUCUCCCUCACUACCGAUGCAACGCCGUUCAUUUCCCUAGCGUGAACAAAGGGAGGAGGGGAACAUUGGCACGAUGGAGAGCCCAAGAGCGGCGCAACGCCUUGUUCUUUGAUGAUUCCGACUUGAGCGAUGAUAGUUCAAUGGCACUUUCACGAAGGCGGACGACCGCCCUUUCAAGACCCUCCUUGGCAAUCCGAACGGAUGCGAUGUGGAGUGGCCAUCAUGAGUGUGACUCUCCAGUUCCGCAGAACAGGUACUGCGACGGCUAUACUUGCAUGGCAUGGGAGGAGAACCUGGGUCCAGUCCCUACUGUGAUAUCAUUUUCUUCUUCGGCCGAUAAUCAGGAGACUUGGGAAGAUGAAACUGGACGCUCCAUGACCGGGAUCCUCGUCAAAAUGCUACAGAAAGACCCGCAUCCAUCUCUACACGGAAUUCUCUCCACAGUAUCCCUGCUCGAUUUCAGUCUCGGCCUUCAUGAGAUCUACAUUCAACGUCACAGAGAUGCUGUUGAAUACCGAGAGGAGCUUCGCAGAUUCAAUGACUCUCGGAUUAGGAAAAAUAAACCACCCUUUGUCCCCGGGUUCUUGCCCGAAAUGUCGAAUUUCCAAACGCCUCAGCUGUCGAGUCUUCGUCCGAUUGCUCCAGACGCAAAAUGGGAUCCUUGA